AGCAUCGCUGUGAUUUAAGUGCUUAUUUUGAACACUGACUACAUGCAAGCCACAAUAAUUUCCCAGUCCCACAGUUCAGAACAUGUGGUGACAAGGCUGGAUCCUGCGAGCUGCCAGAUCGGAGACGAACAGGGAAAAGUGACCCUUUGUGUAUUCCCCCCAAAAAGGCUACUCUUAAAGCAGUAAUUGUAACAAAGGAAUAAGAAAAUUAAAGGGUUAUGAGGGAACAAGGGGAAAGCGAUCCAUGAGUUUGUCCAGUGCUUGAAAGAUACGGGUGGUGGUCGCACACCUCCGUGCCACACAGUGGAUGAGGAGUACGAGGUGUACGGACGUAUAUACGGCCAUACACCCCGUCCCAGGUUGCUGCCCGUGCUCCCUGCAGCUUGCCCCCAAAUUCCAAAAUAGCGUCCCCAAAUUCGGAGCAGGACGGUUCCCUCUCCUCAUGCCAGGAGGCAGGACGGUCACCACGGGAGGCGAGGUGCCCCCAUUCCGCCCGCCGCCUUCUUGGCAGAGCGAUAGCGGGGGGCUGCCCUCCUUCGGGCACACCUCGGCUCCACGCACCUGGGCAGGUGCCUCAGCCACCAGGGACACCCGCCACGAGUGUCCCAAGGGGAAAAGGAGCCCUGGGGCCACCCGGCUGUCGCCCCCGAGGGCUCGCAGCGGGGCUGAGGGCGCGGGGGGCCGGCCCGGCGGAAGAUGGCGGCCGCGCUGUCGGCGCCCGGCUCUUCCCCGGCUCGGUCCCCGCGGCCGCCUCCGUCCCCUCCCCUCUGCACCGCCUCCUUCCCCACCCUCCCGUCCCUCCUCCUCCUCCUCCUCCUCCUCCUCCUCCUCCUCCUCCUCCCCGGGGAGGGGAGCGGCAGCGGCUGCCCUGGCUGAGCCGGGCUCGUGUGCUCUCUCUCGGCAGGAGUCCGGGAAGAUGGCCGGGGCCGAGGCGGGGAUGAGCGGCGGCGGCAUCCAGCAGCAGCAGCAGCCCCAGCAGCACCCGGCGGCGGUGGGAGCGGCGGUGGGGGCAGCGGACGAGUCGUCGGACAGCGAAGGGGAGCACGAGGGCCCCCAAAAACUCAUCCGCAAAGUGUCCACCUCGGGGCAGAUCCGCAGCAAGACAAGUAUAAAAGAAGGACUACUACUGAAGCAAACCAGUUCUUUUCAGAGGUGGAAAAAGCGUUAUUUCAAGCUUCGAGGUCGUACCCUUUACUAUGCUAAGGAUUCAAAGUCUCUAAUAUUUGAUGAAGUUGACCUGUCAGAUGCCAGCGUAGCUGAAUCAAGCACAAAAAAUGUCAACAACAGCUUCACGAUAAUCACUCCAUUCAGGAGGCUAAUAUUGUGUGCUGAGAACAGAAAAGAAAUGGAGGACUGGAUAAGCUCUUUGAAGUCCGUACAGUCCAGGGAACACUAUGAGACCGCACAGUUUAAUGUGGAACAUUUCUCAGGGAUGCAUAACUGGUACGCCUGCUCCCAUGCCCGACCUACCUUCUGUAACGUGUGUAGAGAGAGCCUCUCUGGAGUCACUUCCCAUGGCCUGUCUUGUGAAGUGUGUAAGUUUAAAGCACAUAAAAGAUGUGCUGUCAGAGCAACAAAUAACUGCAAAUGGACUACAUUAGCCUCCAUUGGAAAAGAUAUCAUUGAAGAUGAAGAUGGUAUAGCUAUGCCUCACCAGUGGUUAGAGGGUAAUUUGCCUGUCAGUGCCAAAUGUGCAGUCUGCGACAAGACCUGUGGCAGUGUUUUACGCCUGCAAGAUUGGAAGUGCCUUUGGUGUAAAGCUAUGGUUCACACUGCCUGUAAAGAUCUGUAUCCUCGUAAAUGUCCACUCGGCCAAUGUAAGGUAUCGAUCAUACCUCCAACAGCACUAAACAGUAUAGACUCUGAUGGUUUCUGGAAAGCCACAUGCCCGCCAUCCUGUGCCAGUCCUCUUUUAGUUUUUGUUAACUCAAAGAGUGGAGACAAUCAGGGAGUAAAGUUUCUUCGUCGAUUCAAACAGUCGUUAAAUCCAGCUCAGGUGUUCGAUUUAAUGAAUGGAGGACCUCACUUAGGUUUGCGGUUAUUUCAGAAGUUCGACAACUUCCGGAUUCUUGUAUGUGGUGGAGAUGGAAGCGUGGGUUGGGUGUUGUCAGAAAUUGAUAAACUCAGCUUGCACAAACAGUGUCAGUUAGGAGUGUUACCCCUUGGUACUGGAAAUGACCUUGCCCGUGUCCUUGGCUGGGGAGGAUCCUGUGAUGAUGAUACGCAACUUCCACAGAUUUUGGAGAAAUUGGAAAGAGCCAGCACAAAAAUGUUGGACAGGUGGAGUAUAAUGUCAUAUGAACUGAAAUUACCAGCAAAGCCUUCUAUUCCUUCAGUCACUGCAGAAGAGGAGUCAGAGGAAUGCCAGAUAUCUGCUUAUGAGGAUUCAGUUGCUGCUCAUCUUGCAAAAAUUCUCAAUUCUGAUCAGCACUCAGUUGUCAUAUCAUCUGCCAAAAUAUUAUGUGAAACUGUAAAGGACUUUGUUGCCAAAAUAGGGAAGACUUACGAAAAACCAAUGGAAAAUGCAGAUGAAGCUGAUGCCAUGGCCAUUAAAUGUUCAGAGUUAAAUGAGAAGCUAGACCUGUUGCUCCAAGCUCUUCACACAGAAGCCCAGGCUGCUCCUAUUCUCCCAGGCAUCACUCCCCACAUUGUGGAAGAAGAAGGAGAGGAGUUUUCAAGUGAGGAAUCCUUGUCUGAAAGUAAAGAGCAAUUAGCAGAGUGUGUUCCAAAGUCUUCCACCCAGAAACUCUUCAAACCAAGAGAACAGUUAAUGCUUCGGGCAAACAGCUUGAAGAAGGCUGUGAGGCAGAUCAUUGAACAAGCAGAAAAAGUUGUGGAUGAGCAGAAUGCUCAUAGUGAAGAACAAGUGAACCAGUCCCCUGUAGAAUAUAGCAAAGAAUUGGAUGAAUCCAAAGAAGAGGAAAAAGACGAAGAUACAAAGGAAUAUGAGUCCCAGUCAAUUAAAACUGCACCAAGAUCUCCAGAUCGACGUACGAGUCGAGGUAUCCAUUCCCAGACAGGCUCUUUCUCUGCUCCAGCUUUGGCUGCCAGUAAAGAAAACCUCCCUGUGCUUAACACUAGGAUUAUCUGUCCAGGUUUAAGGGCUGGCCUAGCUGCUUCUAUUGCAGGAAGUUCAAUUAUUAGUAAAAUGUUGCUAGCAAACAUCGAUCCAUUUGGUGCUACACCAUUUAUUGACCCGGAUCCAGAUUCACUGGAGGGAUAUUCAGAAAAAUGUGUCAUGAACAACUAUUUUGGAAUUGGGUUAGAUGCAAAAAUUUCACUUGAAUUUAAUAACAAGCGAGAAGAGCACCCUGAAAAGUGCAGAAGUCGGACAAAAAACAUGAUGUGGUAUGGAGUUCUUGGCACAAAAGAGCUGCUGCAGAGAACUUACAAGAACUUAGAACAAAAAGUUCAACUUGAGUGUGACGGACAGUACAUCCCCCUUCCAAGUCUGCAGGGCAUAGCUGUGCUAAACAUUCCCAGUUAUGCUGGUGGGACUAAUUUCUGGGGUGGAACCAAGGAAGAUGAUAUAUUUGGGGCCCCAUCUUUUGAUGAUAAAAUCUUAGAAGUUGUGGCAGUAUUUGGCAGCAUGCAGAUGGCGGUUUCAAGAGUUAUCAAACUGCAGCACCACCGGAUAGCUCAGUGUCGGUCAGUAAAGAUCACCAUACUUGGUGAUGAAGGGGUUCCAGUGCAAGUCGAUGGAGAGGCAUGGAUCCAGCCCCCGGGAGUUAUUAAAAUUGUACAUAAAAACAGAGCUCAGAUGCUAACACGAGACAGAGCCUUUGAAAACACCCUGAAGUCUUGGGAAGACAAACAGAAGUAUGAUUCCUGCAAACCUGUCAUUCGAUCUCCCUUGUACCCUCAACAGGCUGAGUUGGCUACAGAAGAAGAAGUCACUCAGAUACAGCUCUGUUCACAAGCUGCAGAAGAACUUAUUACCAGAAUCUGUGAAGCAGCAAAAAUACAUGGCCUCUUGGAGCAAGAGCUUGCUCAUGCUGUUAAUGCAUGUUCACAUGCAUUAAAUAAAGCCAACCCAAGGUUUCCUGAGAGUCUUACCAGAAACACUGCCAUGGAGAUAGCUGUCAAUGUGAAGGCCUUACAUAAUGAAACUGAAUCCCUGCUAGUAGGAAGAGUUCCUUUGCAGUUAGAAGCUCCCCAUGAAGAGCUGCUGUCUGAUGCUUUGCACAGCGUGGAGACAGAGUUGAGAAAACUUGCUGAGAUACCUUGGCUUUAUUAUGUGUUUCAACCUAAUGAUGAUGAGGAUCCUCCUUUGGAUUAUGCUAAAAGAAACAACAGAAGUACAGUGUUUCGCAUAGUGCCAAAGUUUAAAAAAGAAAAAAUUCAGAAGCAUAAGACCAGCCCUCAGCCUGUUCAAAAAUGGGGCACAGAUGAAGUUGCUGCUUGGCUGGAUCUGCUCAGUUUGGGAGAGUACAAAGAAAUCUUCAUCAGCCAUGACAUCCGAGGCUCUGAGCUUUUACAUCUGGAAAGGCGAGAUCUUAAGGACCUGGGGAUAACGAAAGUGGGUCAUAUGAAGCGAAUUCUCCAGGGAAUUAAAGAGCUCAGCAAGAACACCCCUUUGUCUGACGUGUAAUUAUGCUGGUACUCUCCUGAGAGAGAGAGGGAAAGUUGCUGGAGAAGCAGAGCUGUUGCAGGCACUUAGCUGUCUUUGUAUACUGUAUGGAAGAAUAAGCACUGGUGUAUUUGUACAGGCUAGUGUCUCUGAAUGCUUGUAUGGUGAAGAGCUUGUUGCAAGAGCAUAAAAGGAUUUGUGCCAAAAAAAAAAAAAAAAGGAAAAAAAAAGGAAAAAAGGAAAAACAGGAAAAGGUUACACGUUCCAUGAAGGCAUUUUCUUGGUGUUCAAAUUUGGCCAGUUCAGAUAAGCACAUUUUGGUAAAUCAGUUGGUUGACGGUGAACUGCACUGACUGGAAAUAUAACCGAGAAAUGAUCGCUUUGCUUACAUGCAGCUCAGUAUGCCUCUCUUUCCGACGCAGCAAGAUGCCACCGUACAGCAUGAGGUUGUCUGGUAGUCCUUUCCAGGCAUGGCUUCCGUAAAACCUCCCGUGCAGGAGACUGAGAGGUGGCCGCUUUCGAGGUUCAACACGCGAGUCUAGCAGUGCCUCAGGUACCUCACGCUCACGGGCCACGCAGGACGGGGAAAGAUACCUUGUUAUACCAUGAAUGCAAACUAUAAUGCAUGGUGUGCCUGCCUGAAUUGUCUGUCGUUCCGUUGCAUGACACUUCUGAUACUUUAAACACUUGAACAACUUUUAUAUCGGUUUGAAUGAGAUUUAAUUUAUUACUACUUGAGUGUCCUUUUUUUGGUUUCAGGCACUUUUCUAUUCUUCAGUGUUGUGUUAUUCCUAAAUGUGUUCUAUGGCAAAGGAUGUGUGGGUGUGGAAAAUAUAGCAUUUGUGCCAUAUUCAGCAAAUUAUAUGCAUUAUAUAUGAUUGAAACACUGUACAGUUAGAUUUUUAAAUAUACCAUGUACAGAAGGUGUAUCAGGUAACUAAUUUAUGAGUAUUUUUGAAAGACCGGUACCUCACAAAAAUAUCAAUUGGCUUCCUGCAUGGAAAAUUAUAAAGAAUUUUCUCAUGGUGCAUUUUAAUGUAGUUAUUCAGUUAUCUUAAACAUCUGUAGCUUAUUUGAACUUGUAUGAACUAAUGGUUUUAUUUAUUCUAUUGUUCUAAAAGCAGGUUGAAAGAUUAAUGAAAAUUUUUAUGGGAAAAUUUAAAGUAUUUAUCAUAAGGAAGAAAAGUGUUAAAAUGUAGCAUCUGAUUUGAUUUUUGUGGGGUAAAAGCUUUUACUCAUUACUAAUUUACUAUUAAUUUAAAAAUUUCUAUGUAUGCAUUUCUUUACAAAGGCAUCAAUUUGUUUCUUGUCAGCACUCCUACAUCAGUAGAUCAUAAAAAUAAAUUAAAAAACUCUAAAGUUUUACACUAUGCAUGCAAAGAUGAAUCACGUGCAAGCCAAUAAUCUAUGAGUGUAAACAGGUUAAAAAAUGAAAACCAUCUUUGUUUAGCAAUUGCAUUAGACUAGAGUUUAUAAGGUUAUUUAAAGUUUACUUAAACAAAACAUAGCUUCAUAAUUGAAUUUCCUGGUUAAUUUCUCACAAAGUAUUAAUCCAGUAGAAAAAUAAUGUGCUUUAUAUUUUAUAUAAAUAUUAAAUAUAUCUAGGGGUUAAGACACAAAAAAACUACUUAAAUGUUUGAGAUGAGAUGAUAUUGCAUCACAUGCCAGAGAACUUGCCCAGAACCUGUCUCCUUGCUGUUCUGAUCAACGUGGCAUUCCCACCAGAGGAACACUUUGACUUAGGCUUCAUCAAGUAUAUUUGUCAAUUUUUACAGGUUAAGGAGUAUGCUAAUAUGUAUUUCUAUUUUCCUAGUAGACAAUAGAGUAAGGUUUCAUUUGUUUGGUCAAAAGCUUUUCCCCAUUUAAAGGGGACAACGUCAAGUACCGCAUCCUGGUUUUGUCAUCCUUUUCUCAUGAGGAUGAUGGGAAUCAUCCCUUGGAAAAUCAGAUGUGUUCCCUUCAUUGUUUUAUCACCAGAGAUGUUAAAAAGCAGUAAACCAGGCUUUGUUUAUAUCCAGUUAUAGUACUAUGUGCUCCAGCUGCUAUAGGUUAAACUAGCACCACUCUGGCAGCUUUGUGGACAUAAUCGAUUGUUCUGGUCAACAAACAAAAGUAAAGGGCUAUGUUCCAUUAGGUUUUCAGUAAAAAACAACACAAAAGCUGCUUGCCAAGUGACAUUAUUUUCAUGCUGUUGUAUUAAAAGCAUAUGUAAACAAUGGAAAGUUAUGCAAACAAUGGAAAGAUAUAUAUUUUUAAUGUACUUGACAUUGACCCCUUUAAUGAUGUUCAGAUGGCAUCUGUCAAGUCUUCACAAGUUGUAUUUCUUUUUUUCUCUCUCUCUUUUUUUUUUUUUUUUCCCUGUAAGCUGUGCUAUAUUUUAAUGUGCAGCAGCAUUCUAAUAUGUCAAUGUUAUGGUAGACUAUGGAGUUAGUAUUCCUGGUGAAGUCAAGGACGUAAUUCAUGAAAACUUUAUUUGCUUUCCUGAUUGUAGGAUUCACUCUCUCCGCAACUUUCAGUCUUGCUAUAUGCAAUGUGGUAAGAUGGGCUAUAGAGCAGGAUGUCUUAAGUUAAGACAACACGAUGAUGGCUAUAGAGGCCUAAAUGAGUAUAUUAAAAAAACAGAGGUGCUUUUGGGCAGGGAGAAUGACCAAGUUUUGUUUUGUAAUGCGAUUUUCUUAUGACGCUCUUAGAUUACCUCAGUAUAGGACAACUUGUCUUUACAAAGUUCCAUUUUUUUAAGUGACCACCAAAGAAUUCAACUUUGAUUGUCCUAAAGCAGAGGUUUUUUUUUAAAUGUGCAAAUAGAAAAAGUAUUUUAAGCAUUGGUUAUGCUAUUUUUAAUAGCAUGAUCUGUAUGCCCUGGGGAGCACGUUUUAUGCAGCUCUAUGCCUUAGAAUAGUUUUGAAUAUCAAUUCCAAAUGCAUUUGAUAAGGAGGCUCAAAAUAUUUUAUGGGAUUUUGCUACCGAGGUCAUGGGUUAUAACAGUCUUCUGUGACGUGGCUUUUCUAAGGAAAGAUUUUUGAACACAGUGUUAACUAUCUCACAAUUAUUGCAGAUUUCCAAGUAUUGUUUUUUUCCUUAGUACUGUCAAAAUCUCAGCUCCUAGAACUGAGGACAUACAUAGGAUGUAUGUUAGCAAAAAGAAAUCUUUAUAAUUUAAUCCUGACGUUUGAAGUGCUUUAAAGCAUACUUCCUAAUAUUUCAAUACAAAUAAGAUAAGCCAAUUCCCUAGAAGUAGUUAAUUUUCCAGAAAACUAGUUAAUCCCAGUAGCUUUUGUGGAGCCUGCUUCAACAUGCUAGAUUCAUGAAGACAAAAAAACACUGUAUAGUGUUUACUGGAUUAAUUUUUCUUUUCCCAGUAGUGUGAUAUACUUAACCUGCAUGGUCAGUCAGCAUACCUUAAAAUCUGUGAAGGCAAUGCCAAGCAAUCAACAUUUUUUGAAGUGGAUGGUAUUCAUGUAGAUUAAUGUGCUAUGCUUCAGAAAGUGGAAGAGAAGGCUUUUAAAUGACAGUAAAUUGCUUAGCACGUGUUUAUGUUUUGUGAUUUUCAAGUAGAUUUUUUUCCAGCUUGUGUUCAAUUGUUGUAGCAGCCUCUGGUUUGGGUGAUGCAUGUAUUGCCUUUGUAAUACGUAACGCCUUUUUUUUAGAAACUGAAUGAAGUCAGGCAAGCUCAUGGUUUUAUUUAUUUUCUUACAGGACCUUAAAGAAAAAACUUGUUCAAAAAUAUUUUUUUUUACUAUGAUGGCAACUACAAAUUUUCUUUAUGAUACCUUUUUGUGUAUUUCUCCCUAACCAUUAUUUUUUCUCCUAAAUACAUCUUUCUUUCAAAAAAAAUAAUAUUUUAAACCUCUGGAAGAACAGUAAAAGAUAAAGCAUGUGAUCAAAAACCUUCCCAGACAAUUUAAAUGCAGUAUUUCUUUCUUUGGGACUGGAGUAAAUAUCCUUGGUCCUAUAAAUAAUAAAUAGAAAACACCUUUCUUUCUCCAUCCCCACCCAAAGAAAUUCAGACUGUAAUGUUUAUAAUUGUAAUUUACGUAAGAGGAAUUGAUUUUUUUUUUAUAAUGGCCCAUUUCAUAUAUUUCCUUUUUUGUUGUUGGUGGUGGUUUUUGUUUGUUUGUUUUUGUAGAGAAAUACAAAACCUGACAAUUUUUACUUUUUAAUUGAACUCAGUGAUGUUUGUUCACUUAAUGAAAAUUCAUUAUGCCCUGAUAAUGCACAGAUCUUGUUGCAAGGCUAAAAUAAUUAGUGUUUUUCAUUGCAUCUAGGCAGGAAACCUUCAUAUGUAAUGGAAAAGUAAUAUUUAAACCAACUAGGAGAGGAAGUACAGCAGUGUUACUUUUAAAAUAAAUUUCAAACUACAUGUUAUACAUAGAUAAUUUCACAAAGGACAUAUAAAAACAACAACACCAAAUCCACAAUGAUUCCGUUUUGCCUGAUGCUUGCUAUUAAUGAUUGCAUUACUAAUAUUUUCUCUGUUGUUCUAUCUGUGCCCCUGAGUAUUAAGUUCUUGAAUACAAGUUUGAGAGUUGUGGUAACUAAUAAUUAGCAGUGUAAAGUGUAUUUGUGAAAGUUAAAGUUGCAAGCAAUGUAUGUUGUUGAGGAUAACUGAGCUGGAGCAAUAUAUUUAGUGUACAACCAGGAAAUCAUCUUGUCACUUAUGUCAGUGAGAGCCCCAGAAAAUUGUAUGAAUUUUGCUUUUAGUUUUUCACCCCAACGUACCUCUUCACUGCAAUGUCCUGAGUGUUGCAUUUGUACCGUGGGCUCUCCCAUUUUUUGAUUGUUUUCAUAGAUUGUAUGUUUCGUGGUAUGAAUUUCAUAUCAUCAAGGUUUGAUGCUGCUUAUGCUAACUGCAAAGAUUUGAUGUUUGCAGGAACUGUACAUGACUGUAUUGCUGUCUUAGGUAAAAGGAGGAGUUUCUGAUGACUCAAGGAAGCUGAAGAGUUUGGACAGGAGUUUAAACCUGUCUGCUGCCUCUUCAGAGCUGAAUGAUAGUGUCAGUAGGAUUGAUAAAGCAUCAUAUGGUAAUUAUCAGUAGAUGAUCUUUACUGGUUGUAUAAAUUCGUGUAUUUAUAUAUAGAGCAUAGUGUGGAACUUGAUCUUUUCUAUAAAAAGAAAAAAAAAUUUUCUAGUUCUUUUCUACUACUGUUGCAUUAGGUUUAAUAGCUCUGUUAAUGGUUAGCUUAUGUACUUGAAAUGCUCAUUUCUGCCAUACAGAAGCCCAGCCUGUUUCUCAGAAAUUGUAAUCCAUUUGGAAACCAUCUGGAUUGUUCCAGGAGUAUUCCUGCUGCCAGUUGGAGCUAAUACCACCACUUGCAGUAACUUUUGUAGGCUUGAAUUGAUUGCCCAUAAUUUUAUAACCAAAAAAAUGCUUUUGAAAGGUGUUUUUUUUUUUUUUUUAUAAAUUAUGUAGAACUAAACUCAAAACACAAUCCUUUCAUUAUCUGUAAAAGUGUGUGGAUAUAUAUAUAUAUAUAUAUAUGUAACAUAUGUAUGUAUGUAUAUAUAUUAGCACUGUUAACACUUCAGCAAACUAGCAAAAUGCUGGCAAUUACAGACCUGAGAGUAUUUCUGGACAAACUGUAAUGAAUUUAGCUUCAGUGCUUAAAGAGCUACCACCUUCAGAGCAGCCAAGAGAAAAUGCAUAUAUUUACAUGGUAGAACGAUAAAAAUCUCUCUCAAAUAGUUGAAGACCUUGUUUCCCAGUUGACACACACUUUUUAUGUAAGCAUUUGGAUGGGAUUUUGAGUUCAUAUUCAUGUAACCUUUUGCUUAUAUUAGCAAGGGCAGAAGAAGCUGGUGUGUAAUUUGUAUUUAACACAGGUCGUGUCUGUACUCGUGUUCCCACACUGCUUCCCAGCUCCUGUGCCUGGAUAACUUCCCAGCUGCUUGGCAAGAUGAGACCCACGCACAUCUCCCCCAGUUUCCAUUCAGAAUAGCUGGACAGGCAGGCUAGGAAAGAUCUGUAGGAUGCUCCAGGAGGUCUCCUAACCAAGGCUUCAGGCCUCUAAGUCUCCUAUAGCCAUGGUAAGCUAAAAUCCUCCAGGUUGUACUCUUGCAAUUCCUGCCGAAAGCGUGAUUUAGUUUGCCGUCUCGCUAACAAUUAGCACUAUCUACUUGAAUGCCCUUUGAAAAAGAAGUGCUUGGGUAACUUCAUCAACUGUGUCAGGUUUUUGAACCUACUAGAAAUUAUUAUCGCUAUUAGUAGAACAGGUAUGCAAGUGACUAUUCUACAGAACAAAUACCUAGGAAAAAUAUUGUAGUAUGAUUGAAAGAUUAGUGACAGGAUUGAAAAGAAACUGAAAGUAAAAUAUGGUGCAAAGCUUAAAGCCAUUUUAUUUAUUUAUUUUUUAACAAAGACGUGCACAGUGCCCCAAAUCCCUACUAUGAACAUCUGAAGGGAAUUAUCAUUGUAAGUCCUACUUUUAAUCAACUAGAAAAAUAGGAUUGGAAACUUUUUAGUUAUUAAUAACCUGACAAUGACUGUAACAGGAAAAGGGUUAUAGAUAAUACUAUGUUUUUCUCCCUCCCUGCAUUAGUUGCAGUAAGCUUGGCAUGGGACUGCUUCUCAUUGCAGCUGUGGUCAAUUAUUAUGUGAAUAUAGAGGUUGAGGAAAACCCUUAGAAGCUGCUUGGUUUUGUCUCUUCUGUGAGGGAGAAUACAUGUGCUGACAAGAUACGACACAGGGGGGUCUUAGUGAGAUUUUUAAGAUAUCAGAGCUUCUUCUUGGAUGAUUUGUGAAUGUUUAUGAUGAGUACAUAGGUGUGGAGACACUCACCCAGAAGGUUUCCAGUGGCACUGUCCUCUCACGAGAUGUCAUCUCUCUCUAUUGAAAUAGGUAUUUCAAUAUGCUUUAGGUUGUACCAUAACUCACAUACAUAUCAACUAUCGUAAUAAACAAAUAGUGUCUUAAAUACCAGUAAAAUCCAGAAUCUAAGUACGCACUUGCCUUAUCGCUCUCCACUGAUGGUUAUUUUUUUCAGAAUACAUUCAUUGGUAUUCUUCGCUUGGGACGGGUAGAAAGUUUCUAUAGGAUGUCCAGAGCAGGUUAUCUUUAAAUCUGAAUGUUAUGGAAUUGCUCUGGAUGUUUUGGCAUUUUCAAAAAGCUGAUUUCUUCUAAGGGUAUUUCAGAGGUGCUGAGAGAGGUCCUAGCACAACAUGAGUGGUUUCUCUUAUUGGCCAAGCUUGUCUCUUAGAGUAGUGUUCCAGCCAAGUCCAGUAUUUAGUCAGUUCUGCAAUAACAUCCACUUACUUGCAUGAAUAAAUGCAUAAAGCACAGUGUAAAUGUUGCUGGAUGCAUCUCAUUCAGAGAUGUGAUACUAUAGUUUUCUGCACAGCUCAUAUGUUUGGGUCUGAAUGUAUUUUGAAGCAAAAAGCUGAAAUACACAAUUUCUACAUUUCGGCCUUUUUUUCUGCUUUCUCAAUUAGGUGAAAAUACCUAACAUGGUUUGUACUGUUCUAGUCAGGUGGAAAAAAAAUAAAAAUCUCAGAAUCAAAGGAUAGUUUAGGUUGUAAAGGACCGGUGGAGAUCAUCUUGUUCAACCUGCAUGCUCAGUAGCUUCUGCUGUUCGUUUCCCCUUGGUCAUGCUUACCCCACAGGGAAAUUCAUUGCCUUUGCAAAUAUGCAGAUUAAGGCCACAGACUGUUGGCACUUACACAUGUGCUUGGCUUCAAACAGCACUUUAGUCCCCCCUCGAGAUUGCUCGUGUACUUGAGUUUUAGCAUUUACGUGUAAGCCUAGAAGAGAUUUGGGUAGGUAGAAAUUGUUCUUCACAUGGAAGUCAUCGUCAGACUGAUCAUUGGUAGACUGUUGAAUGCCAUACCUAUGAAUGUUGUUCUCUUGCCAGUAUUUGCGUGUGCAUGUGUGUAUAUAUGCAGUACCUAGUUCGUAGUGUGUGUGCACACACACCUGUACAUAUAUAUGUAUAUAUAUGCCCUGGUUUUGCCCAAUAUAACGACGCCAACUUGUGUGUAGAGCCAAAACCUUAAAUAUAUACAAUGCUUGAGAUGCUGCAUUGUUUUUAUUAUAAUAUUUUUAUAUCAGAUAAAUUGCAGGAUGUUUACAGAUGCUUAUUAAUAUUUAACUUAUACAAUGGAGUGGCAGGAUGUUUAUGAUUGUUGUCAGCUAAAGAAUUGUACAAUAUUCUGGGUGAAAUUUUGGCUUUGUUGAAAUCCUUGGCAAAACUCCUAUUGAUCUCACUGGGGCCAAGAUUAAACCCCUCUGAAUCUAUUGUUUACUGGCUAUUUUCCUACUGUGAUUUUUUUUUUGAGUGACUGAAAUGUAUUUAUUUAUCCCAAUGUGAAAUCCGCAGUUGCUAUUUGGAUUUUUCUACAGAACCUGCAAGAUACAACACAGGUGGGAAUAUAUGCCUCAUUGAAUGUACAGACUUUUUUCAUUGUUCUGGUCCUUGAAUACGUCUAAGAAAAUAGCUUCUAAAAUAACUUUUGUAAGAUUUAAUAUAGAAUCUUCUAAAAAUAGAUCAUUUUUCAUAUCUUCCUCCACAAAGUUGGCAUGCAGUGUAGUAAGUGAAGAUGAAGAAUUAUUUAUACAGUUCACUUGGCUCUGCUGAUCUGGAAUGAAACAUAAAGAACCUUGUCCAAAAGUACCUUACCUAAACAAACACAUGAACAAAAAAAAACAACCCAACUUUAUAUAGUGUUUUAAACUUCUCAUCAAGACAUGGAGGUAUCUUCAGAGCCAGUCUGUAGAAUUAUUCUUUUAAUAUUUCAUGAGUGAAUACAAUUAUGCAAAUAUUAAGUGGUAGGGUAAGUCAUACAUUGACAUUAAAGAAAGCACUUACUAAGAGACAGAAGGAUCAGUUCUUCUAGCACCAGGGAGGAAAAAUAUUGUAAUGCAGUGCUUCCUAAAUCCCCUUCCAGGGUAUCUUUUAAUUCUGUAUGCUCUGAGUCUAUUCUUCCUGUAAAGAGACAGAAGGCUGUGUAACAGCCUAAUAAAUACAAAUUAUUAUUAUUUUUUUUUUUCAUCUGAGGCUAAAAAUUUUGUUUUCAAACAACAGCUAUUGUGCACUUUGAAAUAUAUGUGUCUGGAAGAGGUAAGUUUGCAUUCGUUGUAGGUAGCCAUCCCGGGGAUACAGUAGGACUUGCAAAAUGAGAUAGUUAUCAACAAUGUUAUCAAAUGUUAUCAGAAGCUGAAGAAUUAGGGAGCCAGCCUUAUUCCCCCGUAUGAGGCUCUUUCUGAAGACAUCUGUACAGCAAUGCCCACCACCCCUAGGCUUCUUUUGCUCUAAUUUUUUUUAAGAAAGGAUAAUAUUCCGAUUCACACUCUUCCCCUUGCUAAUAAGAAAGGAAGUAUGCAUGCUGGUUGAACUUUCCAGGAUUUUGUCUCUGUUGGCUAUAGAAACCUCAAAAGAAUGAUCAGCCAUGGCUUACAAAGGAUACACAGGGCUCUGCCUGAGCUCGCUGGUCUGCUAAUGGGGAUCUGAUUGCAGAUGUGAGGAUACAAGCUCCCAUUGUGCUCCCUCUGUGGUCAGUUCUCCAUGAUUAGUGGGAGCAGGUGGGUGCCCAAGUGAGCAGACAGCUUUGCUUUUGCAUGUGCAUUGUCUUUCUGUAAUUGUAAUCAGGAAUGGGGUUCAGGACUCAAUGUUAUUUGUCUGAAAGGCCAUGACGAGUGCAGGAUAUAGGAGGAAAUGAGGAGGCAAGGGCUGGAGGUCUGGGUUCUGCUUUUGGUUUCCUGCUGCUGAGUUGGUAGGACUGGGGGCAAGUCAGUUACCCUUGGUGUGCCUCGCUGCUUCUGCCGGGGGCAGGAAGGAUGCUUACCAGCUUGAACAGCCUCUGAGACCUAUAGAUGAGUGGUGGUCUAUGAGUGGCUAAGUUUUACUGACACUGUUGUAUGUAGUAUAAAUAAAUUAAUUUGUCCGUAACACUGCAAAAAAAUAAAAAAAAAAAUUAAAAAUUGCUUUUUCUGGUUUCAGUUCUGACUAUUUAACGACCUACUACAUGCUGGGUAGUCAGUUUUGAAGCUUAGCAAUUGCUAUAGUACUUACAAUUACACACAUAGUGGGCUCUGUUUGCUGCAGAAAAGAGUAAAACUUUAAACUGCCUGACAAAACUUGCCAAUGAAGUAUAUCUAACAGAGCAGGGGUGUAACUUUUGGCUUUAUUUACUUGUAAUAAUGGUAAGGAACAGUGAAUUUUGUUUGUUUACAUACUGUUUACAAUGGCACAGUUUUAUUUUUAAUAUAUUAAAACAAUUGAGGUAUUUAUUGCAUAUACUAUUUUAAAGAUGUUUUAUGUGUUUUCACCUUUGGAAUAUAUUGUUACAUUUCCUUGUACAGAUAAUUUGGGUGGCUUUGUUAAUAUAGUUAGUAAUUUUUAUGACUACUAAGUGACCAGUUUUCCGUGCCUUUUUAUUGUUGAAUGCAUGAUUACAUAUUUAUUAUUGUAUGGAAGUCACUGAGAUGUGUAUUUUUGUAUUCUGCUGGAAGCAAUGGUUGAUUUUAUUGUACAUGAUAAGAGAUGCCUUCUAUAAUGGGCACUCAUAUGAGAUCUUCCUUCUCAAAUAAACAGAAUACAUUCGAUGUAUGUAAGUCCUUGAAUUCUUUCUGUGUCUGGAAAUUGAUGGAGAUCCUUCAACACCAUUACACUGAAUUUUAGAUGUUAUCCACUCAAAAUGUGGGCUGGUAGCAAUGUCAUCAAAUCUAAAACAAAAUUCCCCACUGAAAUCAAUACAAUAUUAAGUUCUUGGCACACUGUAAGCCUUUGUAAUUUAAAAGAAAACUCUGUAUGCUAAAGCUAAAUAAAAUUUGGAUGAAUGA